AUGACUGAACUUUCAAAUAACCAUUACAACAAUACUACAUCUAAAAUAACUAAGUCUUCAAUCGAAUAUGAUGAUGAUGAGAGCAAUGAUUAUGAGAAGAGUAUCGAUUUUGAUGACAUAGUUGUGUCUGAAGAGGAGGAUCAAGGUGAUCAAGAAGAGGAUCGAGGGAAUCAAAGCGAUCAAGAUGAUACUAAUACGAAACCUGAUUUUGUUGAUGACAAUAUUAAAGAUGUCAUUAGUGAUCUUGUUCAAGAGCUUUUUACUCGUAUUUUUGUAAAUGACUCUUGGAUGUGUGCUUCUUCUAUCGAAAAACCAUAUUACUCAGCUGAAAUUUAUCCUAGUAUUUGUUAUACUUGCAGUAGUCCUAAUGUUGAAAAGACA